CACAGACACGUGAGGCCGCGACCGAAUCAGUGGGCACCCGAACGGCGAGAGAGAGAGAGAGAGAGAGAAGAGAAGGGAGAGAGGGAGAGAGGGGUCGAGAAGCAUGAAGCUUUUCGCGGUCGCGGGCGCCAUGGCGGUGCUCUUCUGUCAGCUGGCGAGCGGGUUCAUGAUUGCGCCGUCAGCCUUCGCAGGCUCAAGCGUGGUUUCCAAGUCGAGCGCAACCUCGCCAACAUCGAGCCUGCAGAUGCGAGCGCGCAACUGCGACCUCUUGGGCAAGAAGCCCAACCGCAAGGCCCGCGUCGUAACGUUCUCGCACAAGCGCAUCCACAAGGUGCAACACUUGAACCUGCAGUGGCGCAAGAUGUACUGGGAGGAGGGCAAGCGAUUCGUCAGGCUUAGGCUGUCGACCAAGGCAAUCAAGACCAUCGACAAGUACGGUCUCAACAAGGCGGCGAAGAAGUUCAACCUCGACCUCGUCAAGUUCACCGCUUAAAAAACAAAUCUGAUUGGCUGAUUGGUUGAUUGAUUGAUUGAUACCUUGAAUGUUUAAUUUUUUGAAGACAACAAACACCCGUUCAAGGGUGCUAGUUGCCCCCCCCCCCAAGGCUUGGCUUGCGUAGCGGCUCAUUUUUUGUUUGGCCCGCGGUGGUUUCAUGUCGGGAGGGCGGUUGACGAGCGAGGGAAAGGAUAUAGCAUCAACGCCGUACUCGUACAGUGGGAUAGAGUUGGGUCCACUCCUCAAUAGUAGGCGCCGAGUUUUCGUUUUCUUUAGUUGAACUUCGAGCAGCGUUGUGUUGUCUUGAGUUUGAGUUCGAGCAGCGUGCUUGGGAGGCAUGACACCCUGGUAGCUGGGAUAUGUACUGCUGUACGCCGCGGGUCUUCGGUCUAGGCCUGCUGGCCAGCUCCACUAAAUACAUAGCAGGCCGGGGGCAGCCCUGAAGCCCCAGACGUUUUUCUUUUCUUGAAAAAUGAAAGCUCUGCUAAAAGAAGUCACAGGCACUUCCGCAACAGCAACAGC